UUCUUGUUUCCUUCCAAUUUAUUAUGUUUAACUUUUUCUCAGUCUCAGUAUGUGCAGACAACCUUUUGUGUUUCUAAUAUCUGAACUUAUGACACCAUGCAACUCAACAUUCAGUAUGGUUGCCUCAAACUUAGACUCCUUAAUGUUGUUCUUAUUUGAACUUAGACACCUUGAAAUUGUUAUGGCAAGUGGAGCCAGUCCAGGGCCCACGCGGUACUGUACCGGGUGAACAGUACCGGGUGAACAGUGCCGGGAAUAAGGAUUAGUUGGGUUUGUUAGGAAAGAGAUAAGUUAGAUUGAUUCGGUUAGGAUAUUGCUUAGGGGUCAAGUCAGUUGUCUCUAUAAUCAUGUAUCAGUUAGAGCCAAGCAAGAAGAACCCUAAAAGUAGUCAGAGCCUCCAAAGGGAGGGCGAUGAACAGGUUCUUCGUGCUAUCCCUAGAUCUACCAUAACAUUUGGUAUUCAGAGCCUUUGUUCCUACGACUUUGCUUCCGCCGCCGCCGCAAAAAUCCCACCCUAGAUUGCAUCUACACUUCCACCAUCAAUGGCAGCAACCACGGGAGUUCACAAGUUCCGCAUCCCAGCAUUUGAUGGCAGUACUGAUCCAUUGCAGUGGCUGCACCAAUGCAACAGGUGCUUCGUCGCAUGGGAGACAGUAGAAGAUGAGAAGGUAUGGAUUGCUUCUUUCAAAUUGAAGGGCAGCACAUAUCAGUGGUACUGCUGGGUGGAGAGGAACAUUGGUGUUCCUUCGUGGGCAGGAUUUGUUGCCGCCAUCAACCGCAAGUUUGCGCCGGCCGCCGAACCAAUGACAUCAGAACGGCCUGCGACUGCAUCUUCCACCAUCGCCGAGAUCUUCGCCAAGCUCGACUCCAUUGGCGCAUCCUCACCGGCACCCACCGCGGCCACUACGACAGGGGUGGCUGCCGCUGCAUCACCCCCGACACCGACGCCUCCCACACCAGUACCGCCUGUUGACCUGCUGGUGUCAUCUACUCCACCGCCGCAGGCGACGCCAGCGACUCCGCCGGCGCCUUCCCCUCCGCCGUCAUCUUUGUCCCCUUCGGUGGUGCCUCCGCCAUCCACGCCGCACGCCGUGCCCCGCGGGGUCACGGCACCCACAUCUGCGCCACGCGCGGCCUCACUUCCGGGUUACGCCGCGCCACGCACGGUUUCGUCUUCGUCGACCCCUGCACCACGGACGCUGUUACCGCCGUCCCCCGCUGCUCCACCGGUGGUGCCAGGAGCUCCGCCGACGUCUCCGACGCCGCAGCCACCAGUGACACCGGCUGCGCCGGCCGGCGUCGUCGAUCCGCUCGGGGAGCAGCAGCCCCUGCCAGUCAAGGAUCCGUCGCCGACGGCCCGUCACCGCCUAUCGAGGCCGCCCUCGUCGGCACGGAUCUUUGCCGGCGGCAUCUCCGGCCGUUAUGGAUCCGGUUGCCCCGUCCGUCGCGGUGUCGUCCGCGCUCCUCCUCGGGCCGUCUGUCGCGGCUUCCGUCCUCCAUCGCGGUGGAUCCAUCUCCGCCCGCCGCCCCUCAUCCGCGGCUGCCCGCCCUGUCCGCCCGCCUGCGCGCCGUCCGCGCUCCUCCGUCAUUGGCGACCUGGACGCUGUCCGCGUGUGCCUUCGCCCAAACGCGGCCGCCCACGCGCUCGCGCGCUCCUUCGGGCGUCCACGGCCGUCCAUCCACCUACUGCCGCCCAUCGGAGGUUCUCCAGCGCCACGAGCGGCCUUGGUUUUGGCGUUUCCAUCGCCUGCCAUGGCCCCGACGACCCAGUCCGCGCUAGCGCCUGCGGCCGUGCCCGCUGCGGCGAGCGCGGCCCUGUCUUCAGCUUCCGCGGGCGCGCCUCCUCGCUGCUGGCUAUGGCACCUCACUUGAUCCCUUUGUCGCCCGCGUCGGCAUCCUUCCCGGGCAUUCAGCACGCCUGGGCCACAGACGCUUCGCCGUCUCCACCAGGUCUGAACGGGCUUGGCCGCAACAGCGUCAACGGCAGGACACUGCUGUACAUGGCCUUCUACUCCCUCGCGUCUGGCUCACGUUCAAGAGCACGCCCGCCGGCGUCAGGGCCACCCUCGGCUCCUUCCGCUUCGGGCCUGGCUUCGGCAUCGACGGCGACCUCCUACCGCAUCUACGGCAAGGCCGAUGACGACUUUGCCAUCAGCGUUCGCGAAGGCGUCCUCUGCUUCCUGGACACCUUGGUGAUGUCUGACGCCGAUGAAGCGCUCGAGCACAUGCUGGUGAAGGAGAACAUGGGCCACAGGUGGCCUGAACAGCAACCUCGACAUCAUCUUCGCCGUGACAUCCCCUCUGCUUCUCUGCUGCAGCUACCACCACCCACCACAGCUCGAGGACAAGCUGUCUUGGAAGGGUGGAGUAGUGUUAUGGCAAGUGGAGCCGGUCUAGGGCCCACAUGGUACUGUACCGCGUGAACAGUGCCGGGAAUAAGGAUUAGUUGGGUUUGUUAGGCAACAGAUAAGUUAGAUUGAUUCGGUUAGGAUACUGCUUAGGGAUCAAGUCAGUUGUCUCUAUAAAAGAGACUAUCAUGUAUCAGUUAGAGACAAGCAAGAAGAACCCUAAAAGUAGUCAGAGCCUCCAAAGGGAGGGCGACGAACAGGUUCUUCGUGCUAUCCCUAGAUCUACCAUAACAGAAAUGCAUUCCCCUUAUUCUGGAUUC